AAAACAGCUACGUACAGCUGGUCCUAUAAUAAAAUCUAGAAUUUUCUAUCACCUUUAUGAGCGUACAUAAAAUAUUACAUUUUAUAUCAUUCAAAUUGAUUUGCGAUCCAGUAAGGUACAUAGUAAUUUGUUUCUCCACCAAAAAUAUAUGCUAUAAGUAGUGCCCACAUAAGAUCGAUACGCGAAAAUCUUCUAAAAGACUAAUACCUAAGUUAGCUAGAGUAUGUCAAAGCUAACUUUGGACGGCUUUUUUUCCUACUGCAAGCAAAUAGCUGAACAUAUCCAGUUGGGUGAAAGAAUGGCGUCUAUCUCCGGUCAAGGCACCCCGAAACUUACCUCGGCGGUCGGCAAUCUGUACUACGACUCUAUCCUUCCGUACCGCGAGGAUGCGAAUGUCCAGACGCGCGAAUUCCUGGCGCGUGUUAUUGAUGUACUUCUCGACUACGUGCAGAAGGUCAACGAUCGGAAUGAGAAGAUAUUGGAGUUCAAGAUGCCCGAAGAGAUGGUAAAAAUCCUGGACCUGGAGCUGCACGACGAGCCGCUGCCGCUGAAGCAGCUGCUGGAAGAUUGCAAGACCGCGCUCAAAUACCAAGUGAAAACUGGUCACCCGCACUUCUUCAACCAGCUGUCCUGCGGCCUGGACAUCAUUUCUCUAGCAGGAGAGUGGCUCACCGCGGCCGCCAACACCAACAUGUUCACGUACGAGAUAGCGCCCGUGUUUAUCCUCAUGGAGAACAUCGUGUUGGAGAAGAUGAGGAGCAUGAUCGGCUGGAAGACUGGCGACUCUAUCCUGGCUCCUGGCGGUUCCGUGUCGAAUUUGUACGCGUUCCUGGCCGCUCGCCACCGCAAGUUCCCGCAGUAUAAGGAGAAGGGACUCUCCAGCAUCCCGGGACAACUUGUCAUGUUCACCUCAGAUCAGUGCCACUACUCGGUGAAGUCGUGUGCGUCCGUGUGCGGCCUCGGCACCGACUACUGCGUAUGCGUGCCGUCCGACGAGCGCGGGCGCAUGAUCCCCGCGCAGCUCGAGCGGCUCGUCAGAUACCACAAGGACAAGGGGAACGUGCCAUUCUUCGUGAACGCGACAUCAGGCACGACUGUGCUCGGCGCUUUUGACCCACUGAUGGAGAUAGCGGACAUCUGCCAGAAGUACGACAUGUGGAUGCAUGUUGAUGCUGCCUGGGGAGGCGGUCUUCUGUUUUCCAAGAAAUACCGUCAUCCACGUCUUACAGGCAUCGAAAGGGCUGAUUCCGUGACAUGGAACCCGCACAAGUUGAUGGGUACCCUGCUGCAGUGCUCCACGGUCCAUUUCAAAUACGAGGGUAUCCUGCUGAGUUGUAAUGCGAUGUCAGCUGAAUACCUGUUCAUGACGGACAAGAUCUACGACCCGCAGUACGACACCGGCGACAAGGUGAUCCAGUGCGGUCGUCACAAUGAUAUCUUCAAGCUGUGGCUGCAGUGGCGUGGAAAGGGUACCUCUGGCUUCGAACGCCUGAUGGACCGUCUGAUGGAGCUGUCGGAGUACAUGGUGCGCCGCAUCAAGGAGCAGCCCGACAAGUUCCACCUGAUCCUCGAGCCCGAGAUGGUGAACGUCUCCUUCUGGUACCUGCCGAAGCAGCUGCGCGGCAUCCCGCAUGACGCUAACAAGGAACUGCGGCUUGGAAAGGUUUGCGCCAAGCUGAAGGGCAAGAUGAUGCAGGCCGGCACCAUCAUGGUGGGCUACCAGCCUGACGACCGUCGUCCUAACUUCUUCAGGAAUAUCAUAUCCUCGGCCGCCGUCACCGAGAAAGAUGUGGACUUCCUCCUGUCGGAGAUGGACCGUCUUGGCCAGGACAUUGUCGUCGAAUAAACUACUCUUAUGUCCAUAAAGUCCAGAGCAGCGGUGGAGACGGGCUUUCCUUGCGGUUUGUGAUACGGCGAAAUUAAAUAGCAUCUUUAGUAAAACGUAGUGACAUCUAGCGGCGAGUAGGGUAAACAAAAAAUUUUUUGGACUGAGGAGAGCUAGUUUCAACCGCGCAUUAGUAAUUAUAUUCAUGCACAUUAAAUAUACGUAUAUUUCUUAUUGAUGUCUACACACUUCAUUAGUCGCGUGUGGGGAAGUAUGUAUGGAUUUUUCUUUGUCUUCAAUAGAAAACUCUAAAGCCAUCUCUUUCGAGUAGUCACAUUUUCAAAGAAAAUCUAUUUUGUAAAAAUUGGCAUCUUUUACAUUUCUAUUUAAAUAAUAACGAUUUAAGAGUAGACUGGCCGUUUGUGUCUUCUUACAUUUAAUAUCACGCAGAAACAGUCAGAUUUUUAAAGGUUUAGAUUUUUUUUCAUUCAUCCAAAAGUAUGCGUGGGCUCAUUUAGUAAAAACAAAUAGUUUUAUUAAU